CGUAACAUCUCAAUUACCAUCUCAAAACCAACUCUCUCUAACUAUCUAGCAAAUCCAACUUCAAGAAAAUAACUAAACCCCAUUUCAUAAAAAAAAAAAAAAAUUGAAUAGAUGGAUCGUGUAGUGAAGGUGGCAUCACAAAAGGCAGUAGUGAUAUUCAGCAAGAGUUCAUGUUGCAUGUGCCAUGCAAUUAAAAGGUUGUUUUAUGAGCAAGGUGUUAGCCCUUUGAUUUACGAGCUCGAUGAAGAUAUCAAUGGCCGUGAAAUGGAGAGAUCUCUUCUCAGGUUAGGCUGUAGCCCGGCUGUUCCAGCCGUCUUUAUUGGUGGUAGAUUUGUGGGAUCAGCCAACACUGUCAUGACACUUCAUAUCAAUGGUUCACUCAAGAAGAUGCUUAAAGAUGCAGGAGCUCUCUGGCUUUAGUAAUGAGAGCCUUUCCUAAUAUUUAUAAACAAGGCCUUUUUUUUGUUGGCUAUUUUUCCUUCUAAAUUUUGUACUUUUAUGUAUAACUUCCUCCUCAUGGCUUUUUAUACUAGGCCAUGAUCUUUAUGGGAAGUGCCGAAUGUUGAAAGCAAUUUCUGUUUAAAAUGAAAAUGCAACAAUGUUUAUAUAAAUG